CGCUACUUUCCCACACAUAUCUUACCUUUAUUUCCCGACAGUAUAUUUACAAUCAUGAAAUCCUUCAUCACACUCAUUUCUACUGUUGCUGCUGCGUCCAUUACCGUUGCAGCUCCGAUUACUACUGCGACAGAUUUCACUUACUGUGCUGACAACAGCACUUUGAAACUCUCAGGAUUGACUUUCCAGCCUGAUCCCAUUGUACCAGGCCAGAAAGUAUGUGUCACUGUCGAUGCUACUCUCUCACAGCCUAUCACCAAAGGAUCUACUAUCGAGGUCGCUGCAUCUAUCUUUGGAAUCCAAGCAUACAGUUUUACAAUGGAUCUGUGCAAGGCUCUAUCUAAUGUCAACGUUGCCUGUCCGAUUGCACAGGGCAGCUCCACUGUGAAUAAGUGCAUAACCGUGCCCAAAUGGAUCCCUUCUUUCACGAUCGACAUAAAAGCACAUGCCAAAAAUCCAGAUGGCACAGACAUUAUUUGUAUCAAGGCG